UGUUGCCGGGGAGGUAAGUAGGUGGAGGCGGAGUAAAGUCUGUUGGGACGGACGGUGGCAGACAGAGGACGCAGAUGUCACAUGCUGGAUGAGCGGUGCCUCGAAGCUGGAGGAAUUGAGCUUGAAGAAAAUAUUUCAUUAAAUGGGAAACUGUUUUAAAAAAAACAGCGAGACAGUCGUUAUUCUAAAUUAAAAGCUUUCAAAGUUGUGUUCCGCGCGGACGCACCGUUUGGACUGGAGCAGGUUCGGUCGUUGGAAUUACGUUACCGGGGAGACGGUAGUUACGACGACGGGCCACUCUGAAAUACGUGCGGCCAAUCAUUUUUAAGAGUUAAAGCCAUCUCAAAUAAUAAAACCAACAGGGCAAUUUAAUCUACUGGAGCCGGGGAGGACAUAGUAAGAAGACGAGGAUCGAAGCAGCAUGGUCACCACAAAGGGAGCAGGUCUCAACCCCAAUGCUAAAGUUUGGCAGGAGAUCCCUGCCCACCAGAAUGACAUCCCAGAGGAGUCAGAGAAUUCUCCUUGGCCGCUGACCUACCCCCCUCCUGCUGAGAUGGCCGACGGUUACUCAGACGUCCCCUCUUCAGGGGGAAAAGGACACGACGCUGAAUAUCCUGACAGCACUGCUGACUAUGUCCCUGUACCCGCAGAGGGCAUUGUGAAUGGUAUUGACCACCCUGACUUAGGGUAUUUACUCUUUGACCCGCAAUGCGAGUCAGCCAUAGAGGGUGAUGCUUCUAAGGAACAACCAGUAUCUGAGGAGAGCCUAAGAGAGUCAUUGAAGAAACAGUUCGAGUUCUGCUUUUCUAGAGAGAACCUGUCUAAGGACCUGUACCUGAUAUCCCAGAUGGACAGUGAUCAGUUUGUUCCCAUCUGGACCAUUGCUUCCAUGGAGGACAUCAAAGCCCUUACCACUGACAUGGACCUCAUUCUGGAUGUACUGCGAGGUACCAGUGCUGUUCUGUCUGUAGUGUCGGAGACAACACCAGUUGAGGAAGUGGAGGCUCUUUUUGAGAGUGAAAACUGCCCCAAAGUGUUGAGUGCAGAGUUUGCACACAACAGCAACUGGUACAUAACAUUUCAGUCAGAUAUGGAUGCACAACAGGCCUACAGAUACCUAAGAGAAGAAGUGAAAAUGUUCCAGGGAAAACCAAUUAUGGCCCGCAUUAAGGCUAUUAACACAUUCUUUGGUAAGAACGGCUUCCGCAGUUUGGACUCAAGUGUGUACAGUCAGCAUGCCCAACCACAGGCUCCGUAUGGCUCCCCAGUCUACAUGCAGCAGGCGUACAGCCCUCAGCAGCAGUACCCUGUAUACCCUGUGGUGUCUCCCUCCUGGAACCCUUCCGUCACACCUUACUUUGAAACACCCCUGGCACCUUUCCCGCACAGCGGAUUCAUAAAUGGUUACAGCAGUCCUGGGAACUACAAAGCAAACUCAAGCUCCAUCAACACUCAUCGACCUAUGAGUGGGAACCGAAACCAUGUUAAGGGUCACCCUAGACCCGGAGGCAUGCCCCCUUCUUCUGCUUUGGUUCCGGGGACCCUGAUGGAUGGCUUGUCUGGUCCCCUGAGCCCACAGCCCCUUCAGACAUCAGGGACGCCGACUGGCACCACUUCAGCGACAGCCUCUCUACCCUCCUUCAGCCUUAAAGACAAUUCUCCACAGGCCGUCUUACCCAGUGGAUAUCUGAGUGGGGCUGCACGGGGCAGGAGAGGUAGCCACAGAGGCAUGAGGAGGAAAAGAGAAGAUGAACAUACCAUGAGACCUAUCCCUUUGAUGGAGGCCAAGGUACCACCUCCACCAAAGUUUGACCUGGCAGCUUCCAAUUUUCCUCCUUUGCCGGGAUCUGUGGUCAGUAUGCGGGGAGAAAGUAUGCCAGAGGUGCGCCUUUCUGAUGUUGUGCGUGGCCUAAAGGUGACCAACAAGCAUGUGAGCCAAGAGGUUAACGAGACCCGAGACAUCUCUGAAGAUGCUGUAAGGAAACCAGAUUCUGUAACCCCUGUUGCUAAACUUGCUCCUGUGACACCGCUCACAGUGGCACCACCAGUCUUAAGUGUUUCUCCUCCAAUAAAGGAAGCGGUUAAAGCUGAACCUCCUAUUCCCAAGGAAGAAAUCUCCUUGUCCUCGCAGGCUGCCUCCCCAACAGCCUCUGAACCUGCUCCCGCCACCUGCAGCCAGUCUGUUCCUACAGAAGCGCCUUCCCCAUCUCCCCCAACUCCAACAUCUCCAACAUCCGAGCUGGGGGCAAGAAAGCUCAGCUAUGCAGAGGUGUGCCAGCGGCUGGCCAAGGAGCCGCCAGCAGCACAGACACCCUCUCCGUCCCCCCCUGCCUCCUCAGCCAGCCAACCCCUGCAAGAGCUGAAGGUCAACAGGGUUGAGGAGCCUCGGCACAACUCCAGGCGCUCUACAGACAAACCAGAGAAACCCGGAGACAGCCGCCUGCCUCGUCAACCAUUACGCUCCUUCAGAGGGGCGAAUGGCCAAGUCCGAGCCGCAGGGCUGAAGAUUCGGGAGCAUCAGAGAGGACUGAAUCCUGGCAAACCAUUUUCACCACACCGGGGAGCCAGACGCAGUGGCAAAGAACAGAACAUUCCCCCAAGGGCACCAAAAUAAUAAUAAUAAAAAAAACAACCUAUAAAACAUGAACUAAAACAGAAAUAAAAACUAUAUAUAUGUAAAUAUAUAAUAUAUGUAAAUAGA